AUGCAAAAACCUCCCGCCUGGGUAAUAGCCGCUUGGCCUGAGCCCAAUUACGUCGAUCCAGAAACACACGGAUGGGGGAAUGUUAUUCUGAAUAUCGUAUUAUACGUAGUCCUAUGUUGCUUUAUUUCACUGAGGAUAUGGACGAGGACAAGACUGAGGGCUUCGUUUGGGGCGGAUGAUAUGAUGAUCUUGUUUGCUAUGAUUCCCACAACCGGGUUCUUUGUUCUGAGUCUGCUGGCAGAUCUGAAAUUCAUGUGGACCAGACAUCAAUACGACAUCCCAAGCUCACAUGUAGAAUUCGGACUGAAGAUGGUCCUCUUGAUAGAGAUCAUGUUUGCAUCAGCAUGCACCUUUACCAAAUUAUCCAUGUUAAUGCUUGUUCGUCGCAUGUUAACCAGUGCCACGAUAUUCUGGAGACGGGUGACUCUGGCUGCUAUUUGCAUAGUUGGGCUACAAGGAGCUUUAUUUUGUAUCGUGUUGGUGUUUCAAUGUAGACCCCCGCAGGAUUACUGGAAAAUAACAGACGAGCCCCAACCGAAUUGCAUAGAUCAAUCUUCAACACUCCUUCUUGCCGGAAUCGUCAAUACUCUUACAGACUUCCUCGUGGUCAUCCUUCCCAUCCGCACAGUGUACUCGACAAAUCUCCCACGUCGUCAAACCCUCAUCGUCUCUUUCCUCUUCACUCUCGGUUUCCUAUCAUGUUUUGCAGGUGUCAUUCGUACAUACUACAUGUACCAAGUAACACAAACAUAUGAUCAAGUAUGGGCUUCUUUCCCCGUAUGGGUUUCAGCAGCUGUAGAAUUAUAUGUUGGAAUUAUAUGCACCUCCAUCCCCGCCACAAAAGUAUUCUUCGCAACCUACAUUCCCAAAAUCUUUAACUCCCACCCCUCUCGCCCCUCCCAAUCUUCUUUCAGUGCCCCAAAUAUUUUCAAGACUAUCCCAGUCCCACCUUCCGGCUUCGGUAUCACAUCGACCUCCAAAUCCACAAACUCUCUCCCCAAAUCAAAAUCACGUUCAAACUCCAAUUCAAAGGUCCUCAGCAGUCAAAGCUCCCAAGUUCCUCUGAACGGACGAGAAGAAGAUACUCAAUACGAUAAUGACACCGACCUCGACCAAACCGUCGGAACGAGCAUUUUCGAACUCGGCACCUACACAAACCGCUCUAGUAAAUCGAGCAAAGCAAGCAGCAAGUCCCCAAUCAUCUCAGACGAGGAAAUGCACAUCGGAACCGCAUCCGUGAUAUCCCCACUAAACAGCAAUCCCGUAUCCAGCAGCACCCAUAAUAUCGCGAGCCUCGGACGCAAUAUCCUGGGCUCCGUGCGACGGGACAAAUUAUCGCGCGGCGGCGAUCGCUCGCGAAAUCGAUCGAGGUCGAGGAAUCAGGAGAGGAAUCAGGAGAGAGAAAAUGAUGAUCUCUAUAUGUCUCUCUCGGAGGAGUCGGGGCGGAAGGAAAAGGAAGGGGGUUGGGAUAUACAUAUUGAUGUGGUGAGGACGGUAGAGGUGGAGGAGGAAUGUAUUGGGGGGAGGAUAUGA